AUGAAUGUCCUCCUCUCCAGGGACAAUCAGGUGAGGGCCAUGGAGAACAUUGUGACCAAUGCUGAGAGGUAUUUUGGUCAGUUCUGCUCGCUGUUGGCCUCCUACACGCGCAAGACAGCCCGGCUGCGUGACAAAGCCGACCAGCUGGUGAAGCAGCUGAUGGACUUUGCUAACACUGAGAACCCAGAGCUGCGGGCUACCAUGAAAGACUUUGCUGAGGACCUGGCCAAAGUGCAGGAUUACCGGCAGGCAGAGGUUGAGAGGCUGGAGGCCAAGGUCAUCAGCCCUCUGAAGCUCUAUGGUGCCCAAAUAAAGCAGACCCGGGCAGAUAUCAAGAAAUGUAAACGUGUCCAAAAUAAUGAGAUCAAACAACUGGAAAAGCUGGAGAAACUGAGGCAGAAGUCACCAUCUGAUCGACAAAUGAUUAGCCAGGCGGAGACCAGUGCACAGAGGGCCUCUGUGGACACCAACCGCUCUACUCACCACCUGGCAGAGACAGUGGAUGCCUUCCAGGAGCAGAAGCUGAAGGACCUCCGGAGAAUCUUCUCUGACUUUGUGACCAUCGAGAUGGUCUUCCACGCAAAGGCAGUGGAGGUGUAUUCCAGUGCUUUCAGGACCCUGGAGAGCUACGACCUGGAGCGAGACCUGCAGGACUUCAGAACCAAGAUGCGUGGAGUUUAUGGGCACAGCGAAGCUCGGCCACUCACUGACAACAGCCCCUCUCCAUCUGUCCCUUGGCCUCUGGCAAGCCAGAGUGUUCAGAGCACCAUGGCACACCAGGAGAAAGAUGAAGAGGAGAGUGAGGCUGACUCUGUGGAGGAGAUUCCCCUGGAGGACCUCAAGGGACAGCAGCAGGGACGCCAUGUCUAGGAAGAGGAUCCCAGUGGCAGAUGGAAGGCCUAGGCUGGCCUGGACCUUGGUGGGCUCUGCUUGUGUCAGCGGGUCAGGUGUCCCUGGGGCCUCGAUUUCCUUAUCAGCACAGUAGGCUGCUCUGCAGAC